GAAAACUGAAAAGCGUUGUUUUUAGGCAUUUUUGUCGGAGAAAAAUCUGGGGGUUAAAGCUUCUUCCUUUGCGUGACAAGGAAUCUCCCCGUUGGGUUUUUGUGGCCGACGAUUUGUGCACGCAAAACCAGAGAACUCAAUCUCUAUUCCGCCGAGUCGACUCACUCCGAGUUUCCUCAGCCGCAUCAGGGAAUCAUGAAUCGGCUGAGAGGCCGAGGUGCAUCGCUUCUGGGUUCGGCAGUUGUGCCUCAGCUGAAGAAAAAAGCCCUUAAUUCAUUGGUCGCCGUCCAGGAUUCGUAUCUCUCCACCAAGGACUUGUUCGAGAGGCACAGGGUCGUGUUUACAGUUGGAACUUCUAUUGCAUCUGUUGCUACGGCUUGGAUUGGUUACUCAUUACGACAUUACAAUGAAACUAGAAUUAAUCAGAGGCUGGAGUCCAUUGAGAAUGCGAUGAAAAACACCCAAGAGUUAGAACGAGGAGAACUGAAGAAGCUCGUUGAUCCAGUCGGUUCCAGGUUCACUACAACAAUUGCAACCGCUGGAACCACUUUGAUCCUCGGGUAUGGUUUGGGUUGGCGAGGCGGGAUAUGGUAUGCAAAUAGGAAGUUUAGAAGGGAGCAAAUGAGAUUGGCCGGGCAGUUAAAACCGAGAGAAUGGAAGUUAUUAGGAAGGAUAAAACCUCGAGCUUGGCCAACAACAAAGUUUCUCAGACGACCAUUCCCAAGACAGAACAAAACAGCAGAAAAUGCUUUGAAGGCACCAGAAAGUGCGAGUUAAAAAAUAAAUGAAAAAACCGGCAAGAACGAAAAAUGUAUUUCAAGUGUUUGUUCGGAAAACGAACUACUAUUCUUUAUUCUCUGGAGAAUCUUGACAUCAAUAUAAAGAGUUUUGUCUUGAAGCCUAAGGCUCUUCUGUC